AUGAAUGACACAGAUAAUAUUAUCAAAUCUUUACUCCUAGACAUUCAGCUCCAGUUAGCUGUCUUACAUGCCAAUCAAGAACAAAUUAAGAUAGAUAUUAACAGCUUUGGAAAUGAAAUAAUGAUCAAAGGAUCUCCAAAGCAAAAUCUCUCUUUGUUUAUUAAUUCAAAAUCUUGGAAUCAAAGUUACAGCAUCCAAAAAAGCAACACUCAGUGCUAUAAAUUAGUAUUGAUUACUGCUGAAUCUGAGAAUGCUAUCAAAAUUGGGCAUCCAUUGCAAGAGUCAGUCAUCUCUGAAAAGACCGUCAAAGGAGGCAAUUUUGCAAUUAUGUCUUAUCCAAUAAAAACAAUGAUUAAAAUCUUAACACUACCGAAGAGUCAUUAUACUGCAGUUAAUGCUCAGGAAGAUGUUACUAUGCAUAAUGAGGUACUGCGGUUAACCAUCUUCAGAUUUUACAGAUUCAUCAAAAUAAUGUCCGUCACCCAAAUUCUUGAACGUCUAUAUUUUCUGGUAGAUAGUAAAGUAUUAGCCAAAAUUGAGGCUUAUCUACCAGAAAAUAAGACAAAAAAUACAACUAUUAGAAAAUAA